UAAUUAUUGUUUGACCUUUUUUUUUUUGUUUUUGUUUUGUUUGAGACUACGUCUUUCUCUGUUGCCCAAGGUGGAUUGCAGUGGUGCAAUCUCAGCUCACUGAAACCUCCGCCUCCUGGGUUCAUGUGAUUCUCCUGCCUCAGCCUCCCGAGUAGCUGGGAUUACAAGCAUGUGCCACCACACCCAGCUGAUUUUUGUAUUUUUAGUAGAGAUGGGGUUUACCAUGUUGACCAGGCUGGUCUCGACCUCCUAACCUCAGGUGAUGUACCUGCCUCAGCCUCCCAAAGUGCUGGGAUUACAGACAUGAGCCAUUGUGCCUGGCUGCCUUUUCAGUCUUUGAAAAUGCUUUUAUACAAUACUAAUCCUUCUUCCCCAUUUGCUUUCAUUUCAGUGUCCAUUCAUGGAAGGGUCCAUGUUGUAAAAGAAGUCAAAAGUAGUCUUAAUAAUCAGAAGCCUUGCCAGAUUGUUUAAUAACAAUUUGUUUUCUGGCACUGUUUCUUCUAUAUCUUCUUUAGUACCUGGUACUGAUUCAAAAGCACUCAUCUCCAUCAAGUCAUCUUCUGUUGAUUCCUCUGGUGUGGUGUCUAUUCCUUCUUGAAUUUUUCUCAGAUCCAUAUCUUGAAAGACCAUAUUCUCCUUCUUUUGUUGCAGAAUUAGAAAUCCUAGGUUUGCCGGCAGGCAGACCACUUUGACACCUUUGGUGUUGAACUCAUGGGUUCUGGGUGGCUAGGAGCAUUGUCCAAAAUCAAAAGAACUUUGAAAGACAGUCUCUUACUGGCAAAAUAUUUCCUGACUUCAGGGACAAAGCAAUGAAAGAACCAAUCCAGAAUAAGUGUUGUUGAGGCCUUCUUAUACAACAAUAAAACUGGCAGCGUGUGUUGAUCUUUUCCCUUCAAGGCUUGGGCGCUAGCAUGUUUAUAGAAGCGGGUGGUCCUAUUUGUAAACCCAAACAUACAAAGAUACAAACUAUGUCAAACGCAUAGCAUGAGUACUGAGAAAGGAGGGCGAAAACACGAGAAUGACAUCACCUCUGGCCUCAAGGAGCAGUCAGCAGUCUGAGGGAGACAAGGACAUCUUUUCCUGAAGGAGGCAGUGGAGUGGUGGCAUGUCUAGAAUGUGGAAGUAGAGGGAUCAUAGAGAGGCAGCUCAGCAGAGUGCUCAUGCAAGGAUUGGGCUACUGACCCCCCACUGCAUGCAAUGUAUCUGACGAAAGCCAUUUAAAAUAGGUGAUAGUCACUUUCCAUCAAGUCUCUGGUAUGGUCCAUGGAGGCAGGGUUGUACAUCUUGUUUCAGCAUUUCAGAGGCCUCUCAGGGUUUGGAUAUGGAAGAAGACAAGCAGCAAUGCUUAUGCAUUGCAGAGAUGCAGGUGAGUUCCAAUUUCUUGCCAGUUAGGAGGUCAGUGCUGAGGGCCUUGUUGUCUUUCUUGGAACAUGGGAUGCUAAUUCCUUUCUGGACAGAGAGGUUUUGGUUGCCAAAAGGCAAAAUCUAAAUAUUGCUUUGGGACAAAUUCCAAAUACAUUAGAUUUAUUCAAAUUUACUUUCUCUUUAUCUUUCUGAAUCUUCAGGGUUCAAAAACAUUGCUUAAUUAUUCUCUUUCUAAACUCACAUUGCAGCACAGGGCAUAAUCUGUCCCCAAGGCAAAGACCAUUAGCUAUUCUUGUCUGGAAAACAUACAAAUAGAUAUCUCAGCAAAGGCUACUCAUGUAUUCUUGUUCUUAUGAGUAAAUCAUUGUCAGUGACUGUGAUUUUUUUUUUCUGAAGGGAUAAAUACACGCCUCUAUUAGGGUCAGGUUUUGUGCCUGUAAUUCUUCUGCCUACUGUAUUAUAGGAGCUUAGAAUCCCAGCUGCUGGCUCUGGGCUGAAGUUCUCUAAUGGCUCCUGCAGGGUGGACUGGCCCACUUUCCCUAUGUGUGUGUUUGCUGCUAACCUGUGGCUUUGCCCAUGCAGGCAAACUGCUGGUAGUGCCCAUGGAUGGGAGUCACUGGUUCACCAUGCAGUCGGUGGUGGAGAAACUCGUCCUCAGGGGGCAUGAGGUGGUCGUAGUCAGGCCAGAGGUGAGUUGGCAACUGGGAAGAUCACUGAAUUGCACAGUGAAGACUUACUCAACCUCAUACACUCUGGAGGAUCAGGACCGAGAGUUCAUGGCAUUUGCCAAUGAUCCAUGGAAAAGACAAAUACGAAGUAUAUUUUUUCUAUUAGUGAGUCCAUACACUCGUAUUUUUGACUUAUUUUUUUCAAAUUGCAGGAGUUUGUUUAAGGACAAAAAAUUAGUAGAAUACUUAAAGGAGACUUCUUUUGAUGCGGUGUUUCUGGAUCCUUUUGAUACCUGUGGCUUAAUUGUUGCCAAAUAUUUCUCCCUCCCCUCUGUGGUCUUCUCCAGGGGGAUAUUUUGCCAUUAUCUUGAAGAAGGUGCACAGUGCCCUGCUCCUCUUUCCUAUGUCCCUAGAGGUCUCUCAGGGUUCUCAGAUGCCAUGACUUUCAAGGAGAGAGUACGGAACCACAUCGCGCACUUGGAGGAGCAUUUAUUUUGCCACUAUUUUUUCAAAACUGCCCUAGAAGUAGCCUCUGAAAUUCUCCAGACACCUGUCACGGCAUAUGAUCUGUUCAGCCACACAUCAGUUUGGCUGUUGCGAACGGACUUUGUUUUGGAUGAUCCCAGACCUGUGAUGCCCAACAUGGUCUUCAUUGGUGGUAUCAACUGCAAACAGGGAAAGCCAUUGCCUAAGAUGUUCAGGGUGUGUCUGGGAAAAGCAUGCAGUUGGUUACAUCUUGCUGGGAAAGAGGAUUCAGAGUCUGUGUCUCAUCUGUCUGAUGAGAAGGAAGCAUUACUUUAUGAUAGAGUAUGUGAUUUUACAUGUAUGUGUUUGUAUAUGUGCAGGUGUGUUUGUGUGCAGUGUCCCAGACCCUACAUCGGGGAUUUUCUUGAAGGUUUCCUAUAACAAAAUCUCCUUGAG